AUGCAUUCCCUCUGGCCACUCCUGUUACUCAGUUAUACUGUCCAGUUGACUUGGUGCUGGGGAGACCUGGGUCAUCGUACCGUUGCUUAUUUGUCAGAAAAGUACCUAAACGAGCAGGGCGCUCAGCUUGUGGAAGACCUUAUUACCCCAAACGAGGAUUUUGAUAUCUCAGAUGCGGCAGUGUGGGCUGAUCAUGCUGAGGACAACCCGCCUGAUUUGUGUCAUGUUUCCUAUCAAGCAGAUUGCAAGGAGGACGGAUGUGUUAUAUCUGCUAUUGAGAAUAUGACCCAUCAAGUUCUGGACCUCAGUUUAGAGAAGACGCAGCAAGGUGAUGCUUUGAAGUUCUUAAUGCAUUUCAUUGGUGAUCUACACCAACCCCUACAUGUUGAGAAUAAGCUUCGAGGAGGCAACGAUCUCCACGUUUGCUUUGACAAUCACUGCGCCAAGACUACGAACCUUCAUAGUGUGUGGGAUACAGAUAUCCCACAUAAACUGAACGGACUCAAGCACAAGCUGAAGCACAACGAGGAAAAAGAGCCUGCUGUGAGGUGGGCCGAGAAAUUAUUCCAGUCGCAGGGACUGAGACCACUUCAGGCAGAAUGCUCUGACGUAAAAAAACCACUAAAAUGCCCUAUUAUAUGGGCAACUGAGACAAACCGACUGAAUUGUGAUUUCGUUUUCAAAAAUGGCGUUGAAUGGCUCGCAGAUCACGAUCUGGGUGGGGAUUAUUACAACGGCGCUGCUCCAAUUGUGGAAGUACAAAUUCUCAAAGCAGGAAUCCGCCUAGCCGUGUGGUUAAAUGCUUUGGCAGCUAACAGAGCUUCUUCAGAGGAGUAUUUUCAAUAUCGACAUGGAAAGAUGAGAUUACAAAAGGGGCUAUAG